CUCUUCUCCCAGCCUUUCUGACUUACUUUAGCAAAAUAUUUACUGGGCGCCUGUUGUACCUGUCACUCCUCCAGCACCUGAGCAUGCUUCUUGUUCUGCAACCUCAGCUCUGCUGGCAUGUGUUCUUGUCAGCCUCUGAAUCAAUCUGCACCCGCUCCAGCAGUGUGUCUGUCCGUGUCCGCCAGCACUCACGCCGGCAGACCUCAGAUCCCUUUAGACCUGCCAUUGCCUCACCUGGAGUCUUCUUCCAUGCUGUUCUCACCUGGCGAAUCCCCUCAUGCAAGAUCUGUCAUGUGGUCCCUCUCUGAGAGCCCCUCGUGCCCUCCAGGCAGCUGGGCCUCUCUUCUUUAGAGGUGGGAGUCGUAGACCACUUUGAGAAUGUGUAAUCUUACAACAGCCAAACACAAAGCCACAGCCUCUGCCAUCGUGAAGGACAAAACCAGCGCAGCACACACUGUUGAGGGAAGGGGGACAGGCCAUUAUUGCCUGAAGGAGCUAAGAUGUUUUGACUGGACAUAUCCCUCUGGCCCUCAAUUCCUUGACCUCUUCAGAGGUGUGGACUACGGUGGACCUACACUUUUUAAAAUCAAAUUCCGUUUUCAUUAACUAUUAUGUGAACUCUUGCAAGUUUUUUCCAUUUUCCUGGGCCUCCGUUUCCUCAUCUGUAAAACAGGGAUAACUCGUUUCCAUGAGUUAUAAGGAGGCUGAAGUCAAGGUACUGGCACGGCGUGCUUAACCCGGGUGGUCGCCGCGGUUACACCCCGAUUCCCAGCGCCGGGCAGCGACCGGGCCCCCGGCCAGGCUGGUGAGGGUGCGGCUCGCGGCCCACUCCUUUUGGACGAUAGUCUGGGGCGGUCUCUGGGGCUUGGGCUCGGCUCCCCCAGGAGCAGACGCGCGAGGUCGGCGGCCGCGACGCGCGCUCCGAGCGGCCGCGGGGCGGGCGGGGGUCGGGGCCCGGGCUGGGGGCGGGGCCUGCGACCGCCCAGCCCCGCGCCCCGCGCCCCCUCCCCCGGCCGAGGCCCGGAAGGGGCCAGUCGCGCUUCCGUCUCCGCCGGGGCUGCACGGAGGGCGGAGCUCGGCCCGAGGACGCAACGCGAACCCAGUUCCGGCGAGGAGGCCGCGCCAGUGACAGCGAUGGCGGCGGAGUCGGCGCUCCAAGUUGUGGAGAAGCUGCAGGCGCGCCUGGCCGCGAACCCGGACCCCAAGAAGCUAUUGAAGUAUAUGAAGAAACUCUCCACCUUGCCUAUUACAGUAGACAUUCUUGCGGAGACUGGGGUCGGGAAAACAGUAAAUAGCUUUCGAAAACAUGAGCAAGUUGGAAGCUUUGCCAGGGACCUAGUGGCCCAGUGGAAGAAGCUGGUUCCUGUGGAACGAAACAAUGAGGCUGAUGAACAGGACUUUGAGAAAAGCAAUUCCCGAAAGCGCCCUCGGGAUGCUCUUCAGCGGGAGGAGGAGAUGGAGGGGGACUACCAAGAAAACUGGAAGGCCUCGGGCAGCCGCUCGUACAGUCCCGACCACAGGCAGAAGAAACACAGAAAACUCUCAGAGUGUGAGCGACCUCACAAAGUGUCUCACAGCCAUGAGAGGAGAGAUGAGAGGAAGAGGUGUCACAGGGCAUCACCUACAUACUCUUCAGACCCUGAAUCUUCUGACUAUGGCCACGUCCAGUCCCCACCAUCCUGUGCGAGUCCUCAUCAGAUGUACACAGACCAUUACAGGUCACCAGAGGAGGACCAUGAGUCCAUCGUUCCACACCAGAAGCCUGGAAAAGGCCACAGUAAUGCCUUGCAGGACAGACUGGGAGUUAGUCAAGAAGGACACCUGGGUGGAUCCCAGGGAAAAGGGAUCGUGAACCAAAACAAGGAACAUAGAUCUUGCCACAAGGAAAAACGCCCCGCAGAUGCCAAGAGUGAUGACAAGGCCUCUGCUGUGGGCAGAGAGAAGCCACACAAGUCCCUCCCAAAAGAGGAGACCCGAAGGCCACUCCUAGGGGACAGUGCCAAGGAGAGACCACCUUCUAGUACUGCCAAGAAAGAGAAGGAAAGAGAAGGCAGCAGCCUCAAAAGGAAGUUCUCACCCUCCUCAGAGGUUGCUUCAGACAACCACCUUAAAAAGCCAAAGCACAAGGACUCUGCAAAAACCAAAUCAGACAGAAGCAAGCAAAGUGUGGACAGCUUAGACGCGGGAAAAGGGGUGGGAGGCCUGUUGCCCAGAACGAAAGAGAAGGUUUCCAACAACCUAAAGGCCCAAGAGGGGAAAGCAAAGACCUCUCAUUUGGAUCGGAAGUCACUGGGCUCGCUCCCUAAGGUGGAGGAGGCAGAUGCGGAGGAUGAGUUUGAGCAGCCCACCAUGUCGUUUGAAUCGUACCUCAGCUAUGACCAGCCCCGGAAGAAAAAGAAGAAGGUCGUGAAAACUCCAGGCACAGUACUUGGAGACAAAGGACUUAAAAAAAGUGAUUCUAAGAGCACUAGUAAAAACUUGGACUCAGUUCAGAAAUUACCCAAGGCAAAUGAGAGCAGGUCAGAGAAGCUGCAGCUGGCUGGAGGCGACUCGGCCAGGCUGAGAAAGGUCUCCACCGAUGCACUGCCAGUAUUGCCAGACCUCCCCUUACCCACCAUCCAGGCCAAUUACCGUCCACUUCCUUCCCUUGAGUUGAUGCCCUCCUUCCAGCCAAAGCGAAAAGCAUUCUCUUCACCCCAGGAAGAAGAAGAAGCUGGAUUCACUGGACGCAGAAUGAAUUCCAAGAUGCAGGUGUAUUCCGGUUCCAAGUGUGCCUAUCUCCCCAAAAUGAUGACCUUGUACCAGCAGUGCAUCCGUGUACUUAAAAACAAUAUCGAUUCCAUCUUUGAAGUGGGAAGAGUCCCCUAUUCUAUUCUUGAACCCGUUUUGGAGAGGUGUACACCUGACCAGCUGUAUCGCAUAGAGGAAUACAAUCACGUAUUAAUUGAAGACACAGAUCAAUUAUGGAAAGUUCAUUGUCACCGAGACUUUAAAGAAGAAAGACCAGAAGAGUAUGAGUCCUGGCGAGAGAUGUACCUGCGGCUUCAGGACGCCCGAGAGCAGCGGCUACGAGUGCUAACGAAGAACAUCCAAUUUGCACAUGCCAAUAAGCCCAAAGGCCGGCGAGCAAAGAUGGCCUUCGUCAACUCUGUGGCCAAACCACCUCGUGACGUCCGACGGAGGCAAGAGAAGUUUGGAACUGGAGGAGCAGCUGUCCCUGAGAAAGUCAAGGUUAAGCCAGCCCCGUAUACCACAGGAAGCGGCCACCUUCCUGCCAGCAGCAACAGCUUUAACCCCAGCUCUGAGGAGCCAGCCUACGACGGCCCCAGCACCAGCAGCGCCCACUUGGUGCCAGUGGUCAGUAGCACCGUCUCCUAUGAUCCUAGGAAGCCUGCUGUGAAGAAAAUUGCGCCCAUGAUGGCCAAGACGAUUAAAGCUUUCAAGAACAGAUUCUCCCGACGAUAAACCAAGCACUUGCUUUGGAGAUGGAAUUUGGGGGCAAAAAUACAGGGACGGUGGGGGCUGGGGGUGGGACUUCCAGAGGAGCCCAGAAGCUUGCUUUGUGGAGCCUCUUGGCCUCAGAAUCCACACGGUCGCAGGUGCUGCCCUGCACACCCGCCUGUGCCCACAGCCCCGCGCCCGCCUGGAGUGCACUUCAGAACUCUGAAGACGAUGUGAAGCCUCAGACUCACUGAGGAUUUUAAGGUCAAUUAUACUUUUGUUGUUAAUUAGCAUCUUUGUAAACUAUAAGACAUAGUUUUAAUUAAUAAAUAUUGCCCCCAGAUUGUAUUUAUAUCACCCCCCAGGGUUUUUUGUUUUCGUUUUUGUCCUCUGCCACACUUAGCUUUUCCUUUUCCAGGUCCUUUGUUGAAGUUAGAUGAAGCCAUUCCCUGUCCCAGGUCAGCUCUGCCGAGCGCACUGUGGUCUAGAGGGAGCUGGGCUUCCUCAGAGCUGUGUGGUGCUCGCUGCACUCUGAGGGCCAGAAGGGAGGGCCCAGCAUGUCGCCGAGGGAGCCUUGUGGGGACAGCAGUGCCUGGGGCUCCUUCUCCCGAGAUCUCCUCAGUGUUGCCUGGAGUCCUGUGCAGCUCGGCACCUUUCCAAGCCACUCGGUAGUGUUUAUGAAGGGAGGCUGUUGGUGAAGUCCAGAGUCCUCACCUGUCCUCCUCGCGAGUCCUUUGUGUCGUUUUUGCUUUUCAGGCUCACCAGAGGACACAGAACCUUGGGAGAAGUUUGCACAGGCUCAGCAAUUUAACAUUUCCAGUUUCUAAUUCAAAUUGUGGGUGGUUCUUUCCCUCUUCCUGCCUUUCCUCUCCCCAGCAGCUUAGGGAUGAAACCCGGACGUGCCAGGGCUCUUUUAGCCUCGAAUAGGACUUGGGAGUUUUAAAAGCCAGCACUUUAAUCUUCUGUUCCCUGUGAAUUGCUUCUAGAAGCGAAUGGUUUUCAAAGUUGUAAUGCUCUGUUGGAAGUUGCUUCUGUUUUUCCUUUUUCUUUGAAAGUAAGAUCAUGUGACUGCAAGAGCACAACAGUUUGCUGUGUCUGGGCGAGCUACCUCCUGGCCACGCCUGGAGAGGGGCCACCUGGGGAGUGGGGAGCCUGGGGGCAUCCAUCAUGUUUAGGAAGGGAGGCUUUGCCUGUCCCUCGAGGAGGACAGAGUCCGGCUCCUUGCUGACUGUUGAGGAACACGGCGAGUAGGAGCGGCUUGUUCUGACCCAGGUGGAGGUAGAUGCUGUGAAUUUUAAGAUGUGCACAUUCAAGAAACCUGAAGGCAAACGGCGGGGAGAGGUGGCUAGUGUGGCAGCCGCCUGCUGCGGCCUGACCUCAUCCCUCCCGCAGGCUCUCUGAGAGCCCCGGUUGGGCUGCCUUCGGAGAUUCCCGGGCAGUGCAGGAAAUCUGCUCAGCAAAGGCCCUGCGGUUCUCCGGUGUGCAUUGCUGUGUUUGAUCUGCUGUAUUUCUGAAUUGCAUGAAGCAUUCUGUAGCCCGGAUCCCAAAUCUAAUAUUAGAGUCUUUUACCUGAAACCAAGUGCCAGGCACCUGUUCCCUAGAUAGCUUCCUCUUAGUGUGCACCACCUGAAUCUGUCUCUUACUGAUCUCCGAGUCUUUGUCAUUGAACUGGUUUUUCAUAUGUCAUAUUUCAGUUGAGUAUGAAUUCCUCUCAUUAGGAAUCUUUGGGCAGGAAAGGACACACAUUUGUUCAUUCCAACGUUGUAUCCACUUCUGGCACAUAAAGUUUCAGAUGAACCUUGUUUGCAUAGAGCCAGGUCUUUCUCCGUCCCCCUCUGAGUGUCUGCAUCAGGGAUGUGACUUGGUGAGAAGAGGACACACUGAAUUUCUAGAUGACCCCCUCACCCAGCUUAACUGAAAUGGCUGCAGAGCAGACGCAAAAUGAUGUUGAACCUUCAGUCUCAUUUGUGAAAAUGUGUGCAAUUUUUUUCUGUUCUACACUACACAUGAAUCACCAGAUUACAGAUUCGUCCUUUGUGAUCCCUGGUGUGAUAAGCAGGGUCUCCGGGGCUUUUUCUUUCUUGGAGGUGGGUGGGGAAGGAGCAAGGCGUAGUCCUGCUCUUUAUUUGUAUUUUGGUCCCAAAAUGUAAAUACAAUUUUCUAUGUUACUUUUUUGUGGUAACUACCAAGAUGAAUAUUUUAAUUAGAUAAGUUAUACGAAAAGGAAAAUCCCAUGUCUAAAUAAAAAACAAAAAAAGCUUCA